GUGAGGACCCUUUGGAGCGACUUCUUGGCUGCAGAAAGGAAACCAAUAAUACAGAGAGAAGAAAUCCUCUUGAGGCGAUGAUCUUGCUGAAUUCUUGACUUCACUUACAGAUAACAAAGGAAUAAAGAAGAAUCAAGUCUCUGUAUUGCAAUUAAACACCCAUAUCAUUGUUGACAUGGAGGAGAAAGCGUCUAAAUGCCUGGAUGGUGGAAGGAGUUUCACUAGGAGGGAUCGUCUGCAGCAACAUGAAAGGACUCACACUGAGGAUAAACCCUAUGAAUGCUUGAAGUGUGGGAAAGUCUUCACCAAUAGUUCAGAUCUACGUUCACAUCAAAAGACUCACACUGGGGGGAAACCCUAUAAAUGCAAGGAAUGUGGACAGAGCUUCACUCAUAUUUCAGGACUAUGUUCGCAUCAAAGGUCACACACUGGGGAGAAACCCUUUACAUGCCUGGAGUGUGGACAGAGCUACACUAGUAGUUCAAGUCUAUAUAAACAUCAAAGGACUCACACUGGGAAGAAACCCUAUAAAUGCUUAGAAUGUGGACGUUGCUUUACUCAGAGUUCAGGUCUAUGUUCACAUCAAAAGACUCACACAGGAGAAAAACCCUAUACAUGUGUGGAGUGUGGAAAGACCUUCGCUCAUAAUUCAAAUCUACAUACACACCAAAGGACUCACACUGGGGAGAAACCCUAUAAAUGCAUGGAGUGUGGACAAAGUUUCACUCAGUUUUCAGGUCUACAAUCGCAUAGAAGGUCUCACACUGGGGAGAAACCCUAUGCAUGCCUGCAAUGUGGACAGAGCUUUGCUCGUAGUACAAAUCUACGUUCGCAUCAAAUGACUCACACUGGAGAGAAACCCUAUAAAUGCCUGGAGUGUGGAAAGAGCUUCAAUCGUAGGACAAAUCUAGGUUUACAUCAAAAGAUUCACUCUGGAGAGAAAUCUUAUGAAUGCCUGGAGUGUGGGAAGAGGUUCACUCAUAAUUCAGGUUUAUAUCGACAUCGAAGAACACACACUGGGGAGAAACCCUAUACAUGCCUAGAAUGUGGACAGAACUUCACUUAUCUUUCAAGCCUACAUUCACAUCAAAGGACUCACGCUGGGGAGAAAUCCUAUACGUGCCUGGAGUGUGGAAAGAGUUUCAUUCACAGUUCAAAUCUACGUAAACAUCAAAGGACUCACACUGGGGAGAAACCCUAUACAUGCCUGGAAUGUGGAAAGAGCUUCGCUCGUAGUUCAAUUCUACGUUCACAUCAAAGGAUUCACACUGGGGAGAAACCCUAUAAAUGCCAGGAAUGUGGACAGAGCUUUGCUCAUAAUUCAGGUCUGCAUUCACAUAAAAGGACUCACACUGGGGAGAAACCCUAUACAUGCCUGCAGUGUGGACAGAGCUUCGCUCAAAGUUCAGCUCUACGUUCACAUCAAAGAAUUCAUACUGGUGAGAAACCCCAUAAAUGCCUGGAAUGUGGACUUAGCUUCAUUAAGAGUUCAAAUCUACGUACACAUCAAAGGAUUCACACUGGGGAAAAACCUUAUAAAUGCCUGGAAUGUGGUCAGAGCUUUACUCAGAAUUCACGUCUACAUUCACAUCAAAUGACUCACACUGGAGAAAAACCCUAUAAAUGCCAGGAAUGUGGACAAAGCUUUGCUCAGAUUUCAGGCCUGCGUUCCCAUUGGAAGACACACACAGGGGAGAAAACCUACAAAUGCCUGGAGUGUGGUCAGAGCUUCACUCAUAGUUCAGGUCUACGUACACAUCUAAGGAUUCACACGGGGGAGAAACCCUUUAAAUGCCUGACUUGUGGACAGAGCUUCGCUCAGAAUGUAACUCUACGUUCACAUCAAAGGACUCACACUGGAGAGAAACCCUAUAAAUGCCUUGAGUGUGGACAGAAGUUCACUCAUAGUUCAGGUCUACGUUCCCAUCAAAGGGACUCACACUUGGGAGAAACCCUAUAAAUGUCUGGAAUGUGAACAGAGGCAGAGCUUCACUCAGAGAUUCACAUCAUUCACAUCAAAGGACUUACAUUAGGGAGAAACCCUAUACAUUCCUGGAGAGUAGAAAGUAUUUCACUCAGUUCUCAUCUACAUAAACAUUAUAGGACACAACUGGGGAGAAAUCCUAUGAAUAUUUUGAGUGUGGGAACAGUUUCACUCAUAGUUCAGGUCUAUGUUUACAUCAAAAGACUCACUGGGGAGAAACCAUAUACAUGCCUGGAGUGUGGAAAGAGCUUCAGUGAGAGGGGAAAUCUACAUUUGCAUCAAAGGAUUCACUCAGAUUUCAGGUCUGUGUUCGCAUCAGAGGACUCACACUGGGGAGAAACACUUUACAUGACUGGAGUGUGGAAAGAACUUUACUUAGAGUCGUCAUCUACAUAAAUAUCAAGGGACCCACACUGGGGAAAAUGGUAUAAAUGCCUAGAGUGUGGAAAGAGCUUUACACGUGGUCACAAUCUACGUAAACAUCGUAGAAUUCACACUGGAGCAAAUGAUGUUAAUUGACACCAGAAUCUUUCUAACGUGUACAAAGGCAACUCUUGUAAAUGUUCAAAAUGGAAGCACAAAGG